AGAUGAAAAUGAAAACUCUAAAAAGGUAAAUACGAAUUAAUUGUAUUUGCACACGACCUUUUCAAUGAAGAGGCACUCAGAAGAGAUUAAUAUCUCAUACAUACAUACCUAAAUAUACCUUAGCAAGGAUUUUUCCUUCUAAAACAUGAAUACAGAAACAAUUAUUUUGACUGAUAAUAUUAAUUGUUUAAUGUACGUGGUGUAUAAUCGGUCUUGCUAGCAGUGUCAGGGUUAUCAUUUGUAUAAGCUUUAAUUAAACGAGUUAAAAUAACGACCAUCUUCAAUUCACAUCAGUUUUCGUUCGUGAUGGAGUGCUUUAACGCCUCGUGUUCGACGCCGACAACAGGCACGGCUCCUCAAACCUUCGUGUCGGCGAUACAGUUCUUUGCUGCAGCACAAUGUGUGAUGCCAGAGGAUCCAGUACCGAAUCCAGAUAUACCAAAUUUUGAAAAGUUUCACUUUAUUGUCAUUGGAGCUGGAACGGCUGGCAGCGUGGUAGCACACAGACUGAGCGCAAUACCAGAAUGGAAUGUUUUACUAAUAGAAGCUGGCGAUGAUGCACCUGUAGAGGCUGCUAUUCCAGGACUAGACAAGGGUAUGUUCCAAACAAGAUAUGAUUGGUCUUACUUAACGAAAAAUAAUGGAAGAACAAACGGAGCUAAUAUAAAUGGAUCCAUAUUUUGGCCACGUGGAAAAAUGAUUGGAGGAAGCAGUAAUUUAAAUGCUAUGAUAUAUGCACAAGGAAAUGACCAAGACUAUCAAAAUUGGGUUGACCUUGGUAAUCCUGAAUGGAGUGUCGAAGAAGUACGUCGAUGCUUUAGAAAAGCAGAAAAUUUUCAGGAUAUGAAAUUAUUGCAGAAUCCACAAAUUAGAGAACAUUAUGGACAUAAUGGGCCUCUAGUUAUAAACACAUUUAAUACUACCUAUGGUCAAGUUACCCAAAGAAUUUUGUCCGCUUGGGACGAAAAUGGUUUUAAAAAUGUACCAGACUUAAAUGUAGCACAGUCGCUAGGAUCUGGUGUAAUUAGAGCCACCGCCGCAUCUGGAAAGAGGCAAAGUCAUAGCAGAGCAUAUCUGGAUCCAAUACUCGAAAGGAAAAACUUAAAAAUUAUAAAAAAUAGCUUAGUAACAAAAAUUUUAAUCAAACGAUCAAACAAAACUGCUUAUGGUGUGGAAGUAGAACGGAACUCAAAAAAAUAUACGUUCUUAGCCUCCAAAGAAGUCAUUCUAAGUGCAGGUGCUAUAAAUUCUCCUCAGACGCUUAUGUUAUCUGGAGUAGGUCCAAAAUCACAUCUGAAAUCUAAAAAUAUUCCAGUUUUAGUCGAUUCCCCGAUGGUCGGUCAAAAUCUGCAAGACCAUUGCAUAAUUCCUGUGACAAUCUUUGGUGAUCAACCAGGAGCACAAAAUAUAGCUGAUCAACAGUUUGGAGCUAUUCAAUAUCUUUAUAACCGCACAGGAUACUUAGCACAAAACAGUAUAGCCGACAUUUUAGCAUUUUAUUCAGAUGAUAUUAAUGCAACAUACCCAAAAUUUCAAAGUCAUAUCUCACUGCUAUGGAAAAACAAUUCAAAUAUUCAAAGGGCUCUGACAACUCGUUUUAGGUUCAAAAACCAAUUAGCCCAGCCAUUGAUUGAAACAAACAAAAAUUAUACAUUAUACUUGUUCCUAUUCAAUCUUUUACAUCCAGAAUCGAGAGGAAAUAUAUCUUUAUGUACCAAUAACCCACGUGAUUAUCCGGUUAUCAAUCCAAACUAUUUUAUUGAUCCCGAAGAUUUGGAAUCAGCUGCAACUGGUCUAAAAAUGCUUACAAAAGUGUUGAACACCACAGCGUUUCGAGAAAUAAAUGCCUUUUUAGGGAGAAUGGAAUGGCCGCCAUGCGAUGUUUAUGAAUUAGACAGUAGAGACUACUGGAAGUGUGUUUGUAUAGAGAUGGUGCUAACUGUAUACCACCCUGUUGGAACAUGUCAGAUGGGACCUGAUCCAAAGACAUCAGUAGUCAACAGUCGAUUGAAAGUCCAUGGAGUUCAAAACCUUCGUGUGAUAGACGCUAGCAUAAUGCCAACACUGACCAGUGGUAACACUAACGGUCCAACUGGUAUGGUUGGAGAAAGAGGAGCAGAAUUUAUACUGGAGGACUACAACAAAUUGUAAUGUGUGUGUCUACUUAUCAAAUAUUAUGAUGUUUUGAUAUGCUCUGUAAUGUUUUGAAGUACAUUCUCAUUUAUUGCCAUAUUAAGUGUAACGGUAUUAAUUGAAGACCUAUAUAACUUUAAAUAAAAUCUAUUUUAAUAAAAA